AUGGCCUCCGCCUCUCAAAGGGCUUCUCCGCGGAACCGCCCAGGCCACAGCGGGGAAACUAAACCCACAGAUCAACUCCACAAGCUGCCUGAACUACAAAGGUCCACUAUCCCACCGAGGCCCCCAGUCCAUGUUAACGACCCACAGGCUGUUCUGAUGAGGCAUGUAAAAAGGAAACAACCAAGUCUCCACCACUUGAAAGCCCGUGAGCAGUUGUUUUUUCCAGGCCUGUACACUCAAACACCUCCCUGUGGACAAACAGAGAAGCCACGAAGGCGAUAUGAACAAUUACCUGUCCACCUACCUCCUCUGCCAUCCACAACAACUAAGGUUAGUGACAAACAUGUUUUGGAAGAAAAAAAGAGAUAUGAGGAUAAUCAUCUCUGCUUGUCUCUUCCCACCACUCCUCAGCUGUCUCAGAGUGUCAUAUCAACCUCUAGUCUCCCCAGACAACCUUUUUCCAUUAAGAGGAGUGGACAACCUGACAAUCCCUCCAAAGUUAAAAUCUAUCAGUACAGUAAGGAUGACUGUUUGUUGAUCAGCGAUGGAGAUGAGUUUGACUUUGUAACCCUUGAGCGCUGGGAAGAACAGUAUAACUACCACUGCAAGCUGAUGAGCAUCCCUUUCUUUGCCCUCUUCAAAAAAUGGAAACCCUUCUACCUCUGGCGUACCAAAGUUCGCGCCAGGAAGAUCCAUUUGGCUAGGGAGUCGCUCCAGACAAAUUUGUUUAUUGCCAGUAAGUAUUUUAGUCUGGCACUGAUCGAUAUCAGGAAAAUGUGUUGCCAAAUCAGUGACACAGGCUUGUUUCACGUGGAGAAAAAUCACACCUACUCACUGUCUGAGUUCCAGGGCAUCCAGUUCAAACAACUGCAAGAGGUAUCGACUGACAUAAAGAAGUUUGAAGACCUCAUCAAAGAGGUGACAAUUUGUGGCUGUCGCAACUACUUGUCAGAUCCUCUAUCCAAGUCUGAUGACCCAAGUGAUCAAAAGAAGAAAACUAUCGCGGGGCUCAAUGAGACUUUUCAAUGCACCCGCCUCAUCUGCUUCAUUCGCCUGGUUGACUAUUUGGUCAUUAACACCUUGCACGUCUUAAUGGUAAAUGCAGUGACCAAGCUGCUGUCUGUGGUCCGUGAGAAGGUACAUCAAACCCCCAGUCAUGCCAUAAUUCAGAGCUGGAGCCAGCAAUAUGAGGCAAAAACUGAAACUGUUGAAGAAGAGAUGGAUAAGAAGUGCUUCAAGUCAGAAACUCCUGGGGCCCAAUCCAUGUUCGUAACUCAUCUAAUGCUGGAUACAAAUGCUUUGACCUACAAACCCUCUGAAGAAAACUUUCAGAAGACACUUGCGGAGGUCAUUGGGCUGUUUGAGUCAACAGUGAUGUCAGUCAAUACACUUUCCGCUGAUCCUGAUUUUUAUGCAUUCACAAAACCCCAAGCAGACAAGGAAGUGACAAAAGGAUAUGAUGAGAGCCCUUGUUUGAAAUCAUUCAUUGACAAUGAUGGCAGUCUCCAAUGUGACAUCCAAAACAUAAAGGAAUCCCUGCAGUUUGCCUUUGAUGCAGCAAAAGUAUACUCACACACGCUGGAACAUUUCUGGCUGUUCUAUAAAGAGAAUGAGAGUCUGGAUCUGCAUGUAAUUCAGCAACAGGAUCAUGAUUUGUCCUUUUUUGAAAAAGCACUAAAGUUAUACCACAGUGAGCACAAGGAGGCCUUAGCCAUCCAACCGGAGAAACAUCUAGGCUUACUGCGUGUGGUCAAAACACAGCUCAAAGAGAAGUUGGUAUCUUCUCCUCUAGGCUGUCUGGAGGUCAUCAACCAAAUGCUUACCAGACUUUUUAAGAGGAAACUUGAUGCCAUUAUUGCUGAGGCUUGUGAGGCUCAGUUUAAACUAGAGUUUAAGCCCUCCACUACAGCCGAGUUAGCCAACUUCCUCACAUUCUUGGAUGAAAUACAGGAGAGGAUUACAGUGCUGGAGGAGGAGCAUGAGACAGUAUCUCAGAUUAACAAUCUGAUCAACAUGUACAAGGUUCCUAUACCACCUGAGGAUCUUGUUGUUUGUGCCACCUUAAAACCGUCCAUGAAUUCGUUGCACAGUAUCAUAAAUAAGGCAGUGGCUGAGAGAGAUUCUACUAUGGACAAGUUUUGCAACUCUAUGCAGAAAGACAUAAAGCAGCUGAACAAAAAGGUCUUGAAAACCAAUCUCAAGUCACAGGAUCCACAAAUCUUAGAUGUCAAUGCAGAUCCCUCCGAAGUUUAUCUGCUGUUAGGGGAAAUCCAAAUUUUGAUCGAUGAGCUGCAAGAACAGGCCUCCACCUACACCUCCUACCAGAAGAGAUUCAAGGCACAGGUGACCAAGUUUGACACCCUGGAGGAGUUAAUUUCCAAGUUUAGGCUGAAACAACUGCUUUGGAAGUCUUUAGAGGAAUGGGACUCUCUACAAGAUGGCUGGAGACAGAGCACACUUGAGAAACUGGACUUGGAGCACUUCAGCUCCCAGGUCAACAAAUACAGCAAAUAUGUCAACCAGCUGGAGAAAGGACUGCCUCGUAACAAUGUUGUGACAAGUCUUAAGAAUAAGGUGGAACUCACAAAACAGAGGCUGCCUGUGAUAACCAAUCUACGUAACCCAUGUAUUAAACCAGAGCACUGGAAGUCUCUGGAGUCUGUUGUAGGGACCUCCUUGAAUGCGGAGGAGCUCACUCUGGCUACUAUGGAUGAGAUCGAUAUCUUCUCCUAUGGCAUGGAGAUACAAGAGGUGUCGGGUCAGGCUUCAGGAGAGACAUCAGUGGAGAUCAUUAUUACUAAGGUUGAGGACUUGUGGAAGACCACAGAGUUCACUGUGCUAUCUCAUGAUGACUCCAGAGAUGCCUUCAUAUUAGGAGGCACAGAGGAUAUUCAGGUACUCCUGGAUGACAGCAUUAUCAAUGUGGGCACGGUGGCAUCUUCACCUUACGCAACAUCUAUAAAGCUAAGAGUGGAGAAAUUGCACAGACAGCUGUCCCUCUUCAACCAAACACUGGAUGAGUGGCUUUUGUGCCAAAGGAACUGGCUAUACCUAGAGAGUAUCUUCUUGGCUCCAGACAUUAAGAGACAACUGCCUGCUGAGUCUAAGAUGUUUCUUAUGGUGGACAAGUCCUGGAAAGAGAUCAUGGCAAAGGCUCAUAAGAUGCCCAAUGCACUUAAAGCAGCCACACAGCCCGAUCUGUUGGAAACAUUUCAGCACAACAAUACUCUUUUGGAUGAGAUACAGAAAUGUCUGGAAGAAUACCUUGAGUCAAAAAGGGUUGUCUUCCCCAGGUUCUACUUCUUAUCUAAUGAUGAGCUGCUAAAAAUUUUGGCCCAGACAAGAAACCCCCAGGCUGUGCAGCCCCAUCUCAGGAAGUGUUUUGAUGCCAUUAUACGGCUUGAGUUUGCUCUGCUGCCUGAACAUGCUUCUGGUGCUCCAGAAACUUUGCUGGAAGCUGGUGAACAGCAGACAGUCUAUAGCAAAGACAUCCUAAACAUGAUUUCCCCUGAGGGGGAGAAGGUUGGUUUGACCAAAGGCCUGAAGGCCACGGGCAAUGUAGAAGAAUGGCUUUGCAAGGUGGAGGAGGCAAUGUACUCCUCACUGCAGCGCCUCAGCAAGGCUGCCAUUGCAGACUACCAGGUGAAGUCCAGAGAGGAAUGGGUAGUGGCUGGGCAUCCAUCACAGGUGGUGCUUACCAUCUCCCAGAUGAUGUGGUGCAGGGAUAUGGAUUCCUGCCUGGAGGGAGACCAUGACCACUUUGCUGCCCUGGAGAAAUUUGAACUUGCUAACUUUGAAAGGCUGAAUGCCCUGGCAGCACUGGUUCGAGGAGAGCUGCCUACUUUGCAUCGUAGUAUCAUCACUGCCCUCAUCACCAUUGACGUCCAUGCCAGAGACAUUGUCACAGAUCUAGUUUUCCAGAAGGUGGACACAAGGUCUAAUUUUGAAUGGCAGAGACAGCUGCGCUACUACUGGGACAUGGACCUGGACAACUGUAUUGCCACAAUGGCUUUGUCUACUUACAUUUAUGGCUAUGAAUACCUGGGUGCCUGUCCUAGACUGGUUAUCACACCCCUUACGGACCGUUGCUAUUUAUGUCUGAUGGGGGCUCUCCAGUUAGACCUGGGAGGUGCUCCAGCUGGGCCAGCUGGAACAGGCAAAACUGAGACUACCAAGGACCUUGCUAAAGCCCUGGCAAUACAGUGUGUGGUCUUCAACUGCUCUGAUGGACUUGACUACAAGAUGAUGGGGCGCUUCUUCAGUGGGCUUGCUCAGUCAGGUGCUUGGUGUUGUUUUGAUGAAUUUAACAGAAUCGACAUUGAAGUGUUGUCUGUCAUCGCUCAGCAGCUCAUAACCAUAAAAAACGCCAAAGCUGCUAAGAUGACAAGGUUUCGAUUUGAGGGCCAGGAGAUCAAGUUGGUGAUGACCUGUGCUGCAUUCAUUACCAUGAACCCUGGCUAUGCUGGAAGAACAGAGCUACCUGACAACCUUAAAGCUCUCUUUAGACCUGUAGCCAUGAUGGUGCCAAACUACGCACUCAUUGCUGAGGUGAUUUUGUACUCAGAAGGGUUUGAGUCAAGUAGAACCCUAGCAAGGAAAAUGACCCAGAUGUAUAAGCUUUGCUCUGAGCAGCUGUCCCAGCAGGACCACUAUGACUUUGGCAUGAGAGCUGUCAAGUCUGUCCUGGUCAUGGCAGGGUCUCUGAAGAGAGAUAACCCCCUCCUUGAUGAGACAGUGGUUCUUAUAAGAGCACUAAGGGAUUCAAACCUGCCUAAGUUCCUUGUUAAUGAUGCUGUGCUUUUUGGUGGAAUACUAUCAGACCUCUUUCCUGGUGUUUGUAUCCCUGAACAUGACUAUGGUGUCCUACAUUCAACCAUCCUGGAGUCUCUGGUUAAGCGAAACCUGCAGCCACUGCCUAGCAUGACCAAGAAGGUGAUCCAGUUGUAUGAGACCAUGAUAGUGCGCCAUGGUGUAAUGUUGGUAGGACCAACUGGUGGAGGUAAGACCACUGUCUACACCAUCUUGGCCGACACGCUGGAAACCCUCUACCGUAAAGGAUACAAUGAUAGCAACCCCUUCUAUCAGCUUGUCAAGACUUAUGUUCUCAACCCCAAAUCUGUUACUAUGGGAGAGCUCUAUGGAGAGGUGAAUCCAUUAACACUGGAGUGGCUGGAUGGUCUAAUGGCACUAAGUGUCCGUGAUGCAGUCAACGACACCAGUGAUGACCACAAGUGGGUGAUCUGCGACGGGCCAGUUGACGCCUUGUGGAUUGAGAACAUGAACACCGUGCUGGAUGACAACAAGAUGCUCUGUCUGGCAAACAGCGAGCGCAUCAAACUUACUCCAUCCAUACAUAUGGUGUUUGAGGUCCAGGACUUGGCUGUUGCAUCUCCAGCCACAGUCAGUCGUUGUGGGAUGGUAUAUAUUGAUCCAGAUGAGCUCAAGUGGAUGCCAUUCGUCCUGACAUGGAUCAGUGGUCUUGGAGCAAAGCUCCCAGAUGCAGUUCAAAUAUACCUACUGGAGCUGUUUAAGCAGUAUGUGGAGAAGGGUCUUCAGUUUGUGCUAAAGCAUUGUACCCAGGCCAUUCGCCAGGUGGACAUCAGUAAAGUCACCACUCUGUGCUCCCUGCUGGAGGCACUGCUGCUGGGAAAUGGAGGGCCAGACCUCAAAAUGGAUUCCAAACAACUCAAUAGUGUAUUAUGCCAGACUUUCAUAUUUUGCUACCUGUGGGCAGUAGGCGGCAACCUGACCUGUUCUCACUGGGAUAGUUUUGACACAUUUGUCAGGGAGCAGUUUGAAGAUAACAGCAAUGCUAAGCUGCCUAAGUGUGGAACCUUGUGGGGUGUGUACAUGAACUUUAAUCACAAGUGGCUGGAGUCAUGGGAGAAGGUCAUCCCUUCAUUUAAAUACAACAAGGAGCAGCCCUUUUUUGAGAUGCUGGUCCCGACCACAGACACUGUUCGCUACGGCUACCUGAUGGAGAAACUGUUGUCUGUGCAACGUUCUGUACUCUUCACAGGUGAAACUGGAGUGGGGAAGUCUGUACUGGCUCGAGGCCUUCUAAAUAGUAUCCAGGAAAAGGCAGGGUACCUUCCGGUCUUCAUCAACUUCUCUGCUCAGACCUCCUCUGCUCGAACACAGGAGAUUAUUGAGUCCAAGCUGGAAAAAAAGAGGAAAAACCUUCUGGGUGCUCCUGGUAACAAAAAGUUAGUAGUCUUUGUUGAUGAUCUUAAUAUGCCUAAGCUGGACAGUUAUGGAUCUCAGCCACCUAUAGAACUCCUGCGUCAGUUCCAGGACUUUUCUGGCUUCUAUGACAGAAAAAAAUUCUUCUGGAAAAAGAUCCAGGAAAUGAUCAUUGCUGCAGCAUGUGCUCCUCCAGGAGGGGGACGUAAUCCAGUUACCACACGAUUUGUUCGACAUUUUAGCAUGCUGUGUAUUCCCACACCUUCAGAACACAGCCUGAAACAGAUCUUCAAAGCCAUCUUGAAUGGAUUUCUUAGUGAGUUUUCCCAGGAGGUAAAGGACUGUGCUGGUCAGAUUGUGGAUGCAGCUGUGGAGAUAUACAACCGUUUGAGUGUUGACCUGUUGCCCACUCCAGCUAAGUCACACUAUGUCUUCAAUCUCCGUGACUUAUCCAAAUGUGUCCAAGGUAUACUGCAGUGUGAGCCGAGUCAAGUGGGAGACAAGAACCAGAUCUUCCGUCUCUUCUGCCAUGAGUGUCAGCGGGUUUUCCACGACCGACUCAUCAACAAUCAAGAUAAGAUGUAUUUUAAUACCAUCCUCGGUGAAAUGUCUGGCAAAUAUUUCAGCUUUAACUUGGAGCCCUCAUUCUUUGUGACUCAGCCUAUUAUAUUCGGGGACUUUAUCAAGUUUGGUGCUGAAAAAGAAGACCGUCUGUAUGAGGAUCUGACUGACAUUGAUAAGAUUAAGGCUGUGCUCCAGGACUAUCUUGAUGAUUAUAACUUGACCUUCUCCAAGGAAACCAAGCUGGUUUUCUUUCAGGAUGCCAUUGAGCAUGUCUCCAGGAUCGCUCGGAUGAUUCGCCAGGAGAGAGGCAAUGCCCUUCUCGUGGGGGUAGGAGGUACAGGCAAGCAGUCACUCACUCGGUUGUCAGCCCAUAUGUGUGGGUACUGUUGCUUUGAGAUUGAACUGAGCCGAGGCUAUAACUAUGAUAGCUUCCAUGAAGACUUGAGGAGGCUGUACAAGAUGGCUGGUGUGGAGGGCAAGGAUAUGGUGUUCCUAUUUACAGAUAAUCAGAUUGUGGUAGAAGAGUUUUUGGAGGAUAUUAACAACAUGCUGAACUCUGGUGAAGUGCCUAAUCUUUUUGAGAAGGAUGAGCUGGAACAAGUACUUGCUGUCACUCGCCCGAAAGCCAAAGAGGCUGGAAUCAGUGAAGAGAACAGAGAUGAGGUGUUCCAGUAUUUCAUCUCGCGUGUACGGAAAAACCUGCACAUUGUGCUGUGUAUGAGUCCUGUGGGUGAUGCUUUCAGGUCCCGCUGUCGAAUGUUUCCUUCAAUUGUCAACUGCUGCACCAUUGACUGGUUUGUGCAGUGGCCUCAUGAGGCACUGCUCUCAGUUUCUCAAGCAUUUUUUCAGAAUGUGGAGUUUGGCAGUGAUGAGCUAAAACAGAGCUUCUCAGCCAUGUGUGUGGAAAUACACACUAGUGCCACCAACAUGGCUGAGCGCUUCUACUCAGAACUGAGACGAAGAUACUAUACUACGCCUACCUCUUACCUGGAGCUCAUCAACCUCUACCUAUCUAUGCUAGAAGGGAAAAGAACAAAUUUAGUGCUCGCCAGGGAUCGUAUUAAGAAUGGUCUUACAAAACUCCUGGAGACCAACAAGCUUGUGGACAAAAUGAAAGUAGACUUGUCUGCUCUGGAGCCAGUCCUAAAACAAAAAUCCAUUGAUGUUGAUGCCCUUAUGGAGAAAUUGGCUAUAGACCAGGAGAGCGCUGACCAGGUGCGUAAAGUAGUUAAGGAAGAUGAGGCUUUGGCCAAGGUCAAGGCUGAAGAUACUCAAGCCAUAGCUGAUGACGCUCAGAGAGACCUAGAUGAGGCUCUGCCAGCCCUCCAGGGUGCCAAUCAGGCUCUGAAUUCCCUUGACAAGGCAGACAUCUCUGAGAUCAAGGUGUUUACCAAGCCGCCAGACCUUGUCAUGACCGUCAUGGAGGCUGUGUGCAUCCUGCUUAGCUGCAAACCGGACUGGCAAGGUGCCAAGCAAGUACUGGGAGACGCAAAUUUCCUCAGGCGUCUGACAGACUACGACAAGGAUAAUAUCAAGCCACAAAUCCUUCUAAAGCUGCAAAAAUACAUCAGUAACCCUGAUUUCAUACCUGAAAAGGUGGAGAAGGUAUCCAAAGCCUGCAAGUCUAUGUGCAUGUGGGUCAGAGCCAUGGAUCUUUACUCUAAAGUCCUCAAAGAAGUGGGCCCAAAAAGAGCAAAACUUGCCAUGGCACAGGAAGAACUGGAUAUGACUAUGGCUACCCUGAAAGAGAAGCAACAAAAGCUUCAGGAGGUGGAGAGCCAGAUCAAGGACUUACAGGACCAGUUUGACAGCAGUUUAACUGAGAAGGAGGAUUUGAUUAACACUAUGGCUUUGACAAAGAUUCGGUUGACCAGGGCAGGGAAGCUUACUUCUUCUCUAGGGGAUGAACAAAUACGCUGGAAGGAGAGUGUUGCCUUGUUUGACCAAGAGAUUAUAAACGUUGGGGGAAAUGUCUUCAUUGCAGCUGCUUGUGUGGCCUACUAUGGAGCAUUCACUUCCCAUUAUCGACAGCUGCUUAUUGACCACUGGAUUAAACAGUGUGAGGAACUGAACAUCCCCAUCAGUUCCAGCUUCAACCUGAUCAACAUUCUGGGUGAACAAUAUAUCAUCCAGGAGUGGAACACAGAGGGUCUGCCACGUGACACUGUGUCUAUUGAGAAUGGGAUCUUGGUGACUGAGGGACGCCGUUGGCCUCUCAUGAUCGACCCACAGGAUCAGGCAAACCGAUGGAUCCGUUCCAGAGAGGCCAGGCAUGGUCUUAAGGUGAUUAAGCUGACAGACCAAAGCUUUCUCCGAACACUAGAAAAUGCAAUAAGAAUGGGCACACCUGUACUGUUAGAGGAGUUAAAGGAGACUCUAGAUCCAGCUCUGGAGCCCAUCCUGCUGAAACAGACAUUCGUAGCUGGUGGACGGACUCUGAUAAGACUUGGAGAUUCAGAUAUUGACUAUGACAAAAACUUCAGGUUCUAUAUGACCACUAAGAUGGCGAACCCACACUACUUACCAGAGGUAUGUAUCAAAGUUACAAUUAUUAACUUCACUGUGACCAAAUCUGGCUUAGAGGACCAACUUCUAAGUGAUGUAGUGCGUCUGGAGAGUCCACAUCUUGAGGAACAGAGGAAUGAGCUUGUGGUGUGCAUAAAUGCUGACCGAAACCAGCUCAAAUAUAUUGAAGACCGCAUCCUUAAGCUUCUCUUCAAUUCUGAGGGAAAUAUACUUGACAAUGAAGAGCUAGUUCAGACACUACAGGAGUCAAAGUUGACAUCAGAGACUAUAAAAAAUCGUCUUGAGAAGGCAGAGGCCACUGAGCUAAUGAUCAACACUGCAAGGGAACGCUACAGACCUGUGGCCACCCGAGGCUCAGUCUUGUACUUUGUCAUUGCCAGUCUUUCUGAGAUUGAUCCAAUGUACCAAUUCUCCCUUAAAUACUUCAAACAGCUCUUCAACUCUACCAUUGAAACGUCUGAGAAGAGCAGUAUAUUAGAGGAGCGCCUCAUAAUCCUGCUGGAUCAGAUCCUGCUUAAUUCAUACAUUAAUGUGUCCCGUGGCCUCUUUGAACAGCACAAGCUUAUCUACAGCUUUAUGUUGUGUAUAGAGGUCAUGAGGCAGCGUGGCGAGAUCUCUGAUGCUGAAUGGCAGCACUUCCUGAGAGGACCUCCAUCUUUUGAAAAGGUGUAUGCAGAACAGCCAGAUGUGCCAUGGCUAAGUGAUUUUCAAUGGAAGACUUGUUGUGAGCUGGAAGACACAUUGCCCUGCUUCAAGGACAUCUCCAAGGAAAUCACCAGAGUCAAUCUCCAGAUAGAGCUAGGACGGUUUCAGGCAUCUAUUAACCCGAAGAACUGGGAUGGCUAUGUGUCAGAUUUGCUUCCUCUUGGGGAGUCCAAAGGAGGGGAGCAAGAUAUCAGGGGCGACUGGAAUCAGAGAUUGGGGUCCUUCCAGAAGCUUGUCCUCAUCAAGAGCUUCAUGGAAGAGAAGGUGGUGUUUGCAGCAACAGAGUUUGUGAUUGUCAGCUUGGGGAAGCAGUUUGUGGAAAACCCUCCAGUUGACCUGGCGAGUCUGUACAACGAUAUGUCCCCCUCCACACCACUGGUUUUCAUUCUUAGCACAGGCUCUGAUCCAAUGGGUGCCUUCCAGCGCUUCGCUAAAGAUAGAGGUUAUCUUGACAGGGUGGAUUCCAUCUCAUUGGGUCAAGGCCAGGGGCCAAUAGCAGAGAAGUUGGUCCUUGAAGCCCUGAAUAGUGGUAACUGGGUCUUUCUGCAGAACUGUCAUCUGGCUGUCUCCUGGAUGUUAGCCAUGGAGGAGCUCAUCAAGACCUUCACUGAGCUUGACACAUCAAUCCAUGGGGAUUUUCGUUUGUUUCUUAGUUCCAUGCCUACGAAAGUAUUUCCAGUCACAGUGCUCCAAAACUCUGUAAAGGUGACUAAUGAGCCCCCUAAAGGCCUGCGUGCCAAUAUGAGACGUGCCUUCACUGAGAUCUCCAGCAGUUUCUUUGAAGACCACAUCCUGGGAAGCCAGUGGAGGAAGAUUGUCUUUGGAAUUUGCUUUUUUCAUGCAAUCAUCCAGGAGCGGAAAAAGUUUGGUCCUCUGGGCUGGAACAUCGGCUAUGAGUUUACUGACAGUGACAGGGAGUGUGCUUUGCUAAACCUCAACCUCUACUGCAAAGACGGCACCAUCCCUUGGGAUGCUCUCAUCUUCAUAACAGCUGAGAUUACAUAUGGAGGCAGAGUGACAGAUGCUUGGGACCAACGCUGCCUCAGGACAAUCCUUAAAGGCUUCUUCUCACCUCAAACCCUUAUGCCUGGCUAUACCUUCUCCCCCUCAGGUUUCUACUACAACCUAGAGACAGAUCAACUUGAAGCAUACAAGAAAUAUAUUGAAAGUCUUCCUAUCAUAGAUGACCCUGAAGUUUUUGGCAUGCAUGAAAAUGCCAACUUGGUCUUCCAGCGCCAGGAAACUGUGACUCUAAUUAACACCAUACUGGAUGUCAGUCCUCGCUCAUCAGCCUGUCAUGGAGCAAAAAGUGAUGAUGACAUUGUCUGCGAGCUUGCGGAAUCCAUCCUAGCUAAGCUACCUGAGUGCCUGGACAUGGAUGAGGCCCUUGAAACUCUGUUUGUCCAAGAUGAAAAGGGCUGCCUUAACUCCCUGACAAUUGUUCUGACCCAGGAGGCAGACCGAUUCAACAACCUGCUGAGACUGCUCAGGAUGUCUCUAGUCACCUUGCAAAAGGCAAUAGCAGGUCUGGUUGUGAUGUCAGAGGAGAUGGACCGCAUAUACACAAGCUUCCUUAACAACCAGGUUCCCACCCACUGGGCAAACUCUGCCUAUCCUUCUCUCAAACCCCUGGCCUCCUGGGUUAGAGACCUAGCCCUCAGGACUGUAUUUAUCCAGACUUGGAUCACACGUGGUAACCCAAAAUCUUUCUGGAUCUCAGGAUUCUUCUUUCCUCAGGGCUUUCUUACUGGGGUGCUUCAGAAUCAUGCCAGGCACUAUAAUUUCCCCAUUGAUGAGCUCAACUUCCGCUUCAACAUGGUUUCAGUGUACAGAGAUCAGGUAGCAGUUUGUGAGGCUCUAAGCACUCUGCCGUACAACGAUAAACUGGAAAUGGAUGAGAAGUUACCAGAGCCUGAGAAUGGCGUGCUAGUGCAUGGAAUGUUCAUGGAUUCUUGUCGCUGGGAUGAUGACAACAUGGUGAUUGAGGAUGCAUUACCAAAAGUGAUGAACACAAUGCUGCCAGUGAUGCACUUUGAGCCACAGCAAAACUAUGUGCCGGAACCUGACCUCUAUCACGCUCCUCUGUACAAAACCUCAGCCAGGGCAGGGACUCUGUCAACCACAGGUCACUCAACUAAUUAUGUUGUGACAGUUAUGCUUCCCUCCAAGCGACCCAGUGAUUAUUGGAUAUCCAAAGGCUCUGCUCUCCUGUGCCAGUUGGAAGACUGAAUCUGUAAUAAGGACAAAGAGGAUUGUUGAAUGCAACUAAAACGUGUGCCUCUAUGCCAUACCUUUAAUUAAUUUGAAGCUUUCAUGGAAUUGUUUAUACAGUUUUUUACCAACAUUAUUUACGCUGAAAACACACUUACCAGUACUUUAAAUACAUUGUACAAACCCGUAUGAGCGUUGCGCUCAUGUGGAAUUUAAUACCAU